UGCCGUUCGCUCAUUGUUCGUUGUGCUCGUGUUGUGCGAUUUUAUUAUUAUUAUUAUUUUUUGUGCUCGUUUGAAGAUUUUGAAUACUUCGACUUUCAAUCACAAUAAUAUCGGUUUUUUUUUUUAUUAUUAUUAUUAAUAUAUUAUUUAAAGAAGAAAACUUUGUUGGUUUUUUUUUUUUUUUAUUCGAGCAAGACGUUUUGUGAAGUGUGUUCGGAUCGUUUGGCCGUUUUACUAUGGCAAUCAUGGACUCAAAUCCGGAAAGCAAUCAGUACCAGUACAUACAAGAUACUUCUUUAGCUUCGUUGGACUCCAAGACGAGCCCGCUAGCCAUGUUGGUGCGGACCUGCAGUCAAAUCGGCGCGGACCCGCCGAUGGCGGCCACCGCGAAGUCGAAAAAACCCGCCGCCGCCGCCGCGCCCGUUUCGGCCACAGCCGCCGCUGCAGACCGACCACACAGCGCGUCACCGGCCUCCGCGGCCGUGGCGUACUUGGGCCACGCGGCCGCCAAGCACCACCGGAACCACAACAACAACUACAUGGAAGAGCCGCCCAAACCGGCGAAAUUGAACUUCAAACCGUACGAGAACACCGUGUUGACACCGUCGCCGCAUCACGCCGUGCAGCACCAUCACCAUCACACUUCGCCGUACGGUCUGCAUCUGCAUUCCAGCCACAACAACAACAACAACAACAAUAGCAACAACAACAACAACAACGACGACGACAGCCGGCCCAAGAGCAGUAGCUCGGAUGAGAACGGCAGUGGCCACGGCAAGAAGCGCAAGUCCGCGUCGCCGCGCGACGAUUACGGCGCGCACCACAAGAGCAGCCGCCGGUCGUCGUCGUCGGCCUCGUCGUCCGAAACCGCGGCGGCCGCGUCCACCGCCAACUCGUCCUCUGCCGCCGCCGACCCGUCCACCAACCCGAUCAUCCGGUCCGGUCUGGAAGUGAUGCACGGCGCCACUGCCAAGGCGUUCUGCCCGCCGCCGCCCAUGCCCGCCCACUCGCCGUACAAACCGGACCCGCUGGCCGCCUUCCGGCACACGUACCUGCCCGGCGCCCCGUGGAUGCCGGCCGCCGUGUCGCUGGCCGCGGCCGCAGCGGGAAAACCGUCGCCGUCCGACUGCAAGGACCCGAUGUGCGGCGGCCCGGCGUCCGGGUGCGGCCAACAGCAACAGCACGCUGCGGCCGCGGCCGCGCUGGCGUUCGCCACCCAAUACCACCCGAUGAUGGCCGCGGCCGGCGCCUGUCCGGCCGGUUGCGUGCAGUGCGACCACCAGCGGUACCUGUCGUCGCUGAUGGCCGCCGCGUCCGUGCCCGCGUUCUACGCGCCCGUAGCCCGCCCGUACACGUGCAGUUGGGUCAUUCCGGGCGGCCACAUGCAAUCGUCGUCGCCGUCCGCCGCGGAAGCGGCCGCCGUGCCGUCGCUGUGCGGCAAGAGCUUCAGCACGUCCGACGAACUGUUGCAGCACAUCCGCACCCACACGUCCGGCGCCGGCAGUGCCGCCUCCGCGGCCGCUUGCAUGGCCGCCGGAGCCGCGGGACCGAUGUCGCCCACCACCGCGGCCGCGUUCUCCGCGUACAACAGCCACCUGUCACGGCACCUGUUCCACCACCCGUCCGCGGCCGCCGCUUACGGUAAACCGCCGCCGUCCAUGAUGCCGCCGUCGCCGUUCAGCGCGUUCAACCCGACGGCCGCGUACUGCUACCCUCCGCCACCGUCCUCGGCCGCGGCCGCCGCCGCAGCGUACCAUCACCACCACCAUCAACAGCUGUACUCGCCCCGCGGAGACACGUCCGCCGCCACCGUUAGCCGUUAACGCGACGACAAAAAUCAUAUUAUAUUAUUAUUAUUAUUAUUAUUAUCAUUACAUUGAUGUAUAGUGACACACUGUGAUAGCGCUUGUAUGUUAUAUUACAAUUAGUCGUCCGACAAUCGGAUCGGGACGAACACCGAUAAACGCGCGACGCGAUAUUUCCUCUCUCUCUCUCUCUCUCUCUCUCACUCACUCUGUCUCAGUCAAUCCGCAGCAUUUGCGGGCGGCGACACGUCUCGUUUCGUUACGUUAUAUUAUUAUCAAUCGUCGUCGACGCGGUGACGGGUGCGUAGUAGGUACCGCCGCCGACUUACCGCGAGCCUUUUUUUUGACCGGUCGCCCGCCCGCGGGGCCGUCCCGCGCCGUACACCGUCUGCGAGCGAACCGUAUAAAUAUACUAUAAAAUAUGUGAUGUAUUUUAUUUAUUAUUAUUUCGUGUAUUGAUUAUCGUCUGCUCACCGGUCUCUCGCGAGAUGCGAUGCGAUGAUUUUUUUUUAUUAUUAUUUUUAUUGUGUUUUUUUUUUCAAAUUUUUUUUUUUUUUUUUUUGUUAACCGUUGUAGACGUCGCAUCAUGCAAUGCCACCACACCGACACCAUAUAAUGUGUACUUUAUUGAUUUACGAGUUAUUUAUUAGUAGUACUCUCUCUCAUUUUUAUUUUUUUUUUUCCAUUUUAUUACGACCUCGUUGUUAUUUUAAUUUAAUACCGACGGCGUGUGUGAUCUAUCGUCGACGUUUUAUAUUAUACACGCCAUAAUAUAUUAUAUUACAUUAGAUUAUUAUUAUUAUUAUUAUUAUUUACCUACUCGUGUACAAAAUAAUAUUUGUGUCAAAA